CUGGAAAUUUGCUAUUUUUAAAAGAUUAUUUCUUUUAAAUUAUAAUUGGUUAUUUUACUAUUGCAAAAUUCAGUAACAGUAGUAGUUCCCCUGCCCUAUUAGCUUUCCCAAAGUUACAUUGUAACUACUGUCAAUGUGUCAAUGCCGCAAGUGUCAGUUAAGUGCAAACGUAAACAGAAUCUUGCAUUCUUUCAUAGUUUAUAUAUUUUGUUUGAGAAUGGAUGUUUCUAAAAAAUUAGAAGAGUACAGAAAACACAAACUAAAAUACAUUAAAGAAAAACCUGAUGUAAUAAUAACAACCGAUGAUAAGGAUAUAAUCGAGAAAUUAUUGCCUGAAACGAAUUCAAUUCGUUCAAUGCAACCAGAAUUUCUUGAAGACCCCAUUGAUGAUUCUUUAAAUUGUUUAACUUUAACUGACAUGCUGUAUUAUGGGCUGUGUUUUAUAUUGUGGAGCAUUCUUUAUGGUAUUUUUAUAAAACUUCAGUUUGGCACUGUAUUUUUUAUAGUAUCAUGUUUAGUAGGAAUUUAUAUUAAUACAAGAACGACUCCAAAGCGAAGAGGAGAAGUUAGUGCCUAUUCUGUAUUUAAUAAAGACUGUAAAAGUAUAGAUGGAACCCUUAAAGCUGAACAGUUUGAGAGAGAAAUUCGUUAUGGUCCCAGUGUUUUGCAAUAAUUUAUCAAGUUCAUCAAAACCUUUAAAUGUGGGGCUGCUGUCAUAUUCUCAAUCUUUUUGUCUCUAUAAAGUAAACACUGUAAUAUAUAAAGGUACCUGCCAUUUAAAACUAAGUGCCUUAUGGCAGUUGGCAAGCAAUGAGGUUAAGUGUUUUGCAAUAAGUAAUUUAAUAAAGAAUGGUCAAUACUUUUAUCACAGGUAGUGCCUCAAAAUAUUAAAAUUUUGUUAAGUGGCCUAGAUAAGCUUCCAUAUUUUAAAAGCAUCUUUAAAUAUUUUCCUACAUGUAAUUAAAUGUAUUAGAAGCAUUAUGCUAUGAUGAUCAGAUAGGCUCACUUGGGGUACAAAUUUUAAAUUGAG